AUGUCCAUUCCGAGUUCCGGGUGCCGCAGCGGCUCGCGGCUGGUGGCCUUCGGAGCCUUCGCGGGCUACGCCGGCGUCGGGGGCCUCCGAGGGGCCAUCGAUUUCCUGCGUGGCCUCGGGGAGCGGCUGCUGGCGCUGGGCUUCAGCACGCCUUUGCUGCACAUCGGCUCUGCCUUCAUGUACCCCACCCUCGAGGAGGCCAAGCGCGCGGUGUCCCUCGCCGGGGAUGCCAUCCGAAAGAACGGCCUGCCGAAGGCGAUGUGCCCCUUCACCGCAGUCUUCACAGGGAGACUGGCAAUGUGA